GCGGGCAGAGCGGCGGAAGUUUGACGGCGCCGGCGAGCGGCUGCUGCAGGGGCUCGGGAGUCCCCGCAGGUUUCCCCAGUGCCCGCGCCGGGCCUCUACGUCAGGUCCGCACGGUCGGAGCGAAGCCCGUUGAAGCGCAGCUAUGGACCUGGAAGCCCGAGUGAAGAAGGUACUCAUCUAGACCCCUUAUGCCUUAAGUCUCUUCACUGUAAUUGACUUUGUCUAAGUGGAGCCCAUGUAUGCUUGGAAAAAAUAAUGGCCUUUGAGAAGCAAACAGUCACACUUUGUGGUGAAUGAUGGGCUUAGGUCAUGAACAGGGAUUUGGAGCCCCCUGUUUAAAAUGCAAAGAAAAAUGUGAAGGAUUCGAACUGCACUUCUGGAGAAAAAUAUGCCGUAACUGCAAGUGUGGCCAAGAAGAGCAUGAUGUCCUCUUGAGCAAUGAAGAGGAUCGAAAAGUGGGAAAACUUUUUGAAGACACCAAGUAUACCACCCUGAUUGCAAAGCUAAAAUCCGAUGGAAUUCCCAUGUAUAAACGCAAUGUUAUGAUACUGACCAAUCCAGUUGCUGCCAAGAAGAAUAUCUCCAUCAACACAGUUACUUAUGAAUGGGCUCCUCCUGUCCAUAACCAGGCACUGGCCAGGCAGUACAUGCAGAUGCUGCCCAAGGAGAAACAGCCCGUGGCGGGCUCAGAAGGGGCGCAGUACCGGAAGAAGCAGCUGGCAAAGCAGCUCCCCGCGCACGAUCAGGACCCUUCAAAGUGCCACGAGUUGACGCCCAGAGAGGUGAAGGAGAUGGAGCAGUUUGUGAAGAAAUACAAGAAUGAGGCUCUGGGGGUAGGCGAUGUCAAACUUCCCCAAGAGAUGGACACUCAGGGGCCCAACAGAAUAUACAUCCCAGGUGGGGAUAGAAGCACCGCAGCAGCAGUGGGGGCCAUGGAGGACAAGUCUGCUGAGCAAAAAGGAACUCAGUAUUCCUGCUACUGCUGCAAACUGAGUAUGAAAGAAGGCGACCCAGCCGUCUACGCCGAGAGGGCUGGCUACGAUAAACUGUGGCACCCAGCUUGCUUUGUCUGCAGCGCCUGCAGUGAACUCCUGGUCGACAUGAUCUACUUCUGGAAGAAUGGGAAGCUGUACUGUGGCAGACAUUACUGUGACAGUGAGAAACCCCGCUGUGCUGGCUGCGAUGAGCUCAUAUUCAGCAAUGAAUAUACCCAGGCCGAAAACCAAAAUUGGCAUCUGAAACACUUCUGCUGCUUUGACUGCGACAACAUCCUAGCUGGGGAAAUAUAUGUGAUGGUCAAUGACAAGCCCGUGUGCAAGCCCUGCUAUGUGAAGAAUCAUGCCGUGGUGUGCCAAGGAUGCCACAAUGCCAUUGACCCAGAGGUGCAGCGGGUGACCUACAACAAUUUCAGCUGGCACGCCUCUACAGAGUGCUUCCUGUGCUCCUGCUGCAGCAAGUGUCUCAUUGGGCAGAAGUUCAUGCCAGUAGAAGGGAUGGUUUUCUGUUCCGUGGAGUGUAAGAAGAUGAUGUCUUAGGAGAGCACCAAGCAAUACCGAGCCAUAGUUAUCCCAAGUGGUCUGCAUUUCUAGCUACUGUAAAAUGCAAUUUAAAAAAAUAAAAGGGGAGGGAAAAAAACCCUAAAAGAAACCAGGAGAUUUUGUUCAGUAUCAUUCUUUGCAAUUUUUUUCUUUAUUGGUUUUUUUCAUCUCAACUUUUAAAACCUGAUUUAAGGCGUAUAGGGUCACUAUGAGUUGGAAUCAACUCGACGACAAGGAGUUUUGUUUUUUUUUAAGCAAGAAUUUUAUCUUUCUUUAGCUCUCCAGCUGUAAGAUAUUUGAGUUGGAGGCUUGAUUUUAAUGCCCUAAUCUUUAUAUCCCCAUCUCCCUUGUGCCAGACCCAGUAUAUAUGAAGCACUUAACAGUCGCUGUAACGAGUGGGAAGAUGUUCUAUAGAUACUCGUUUUUUCCUUCAUGCGUAAAGUGAAAAGGAAAUGAAACUUGCCCCCACACCAAGGCUCUGCAUUCAUUGCCUUCUUUUCUUCACCGCGCUUUGUGACCACACAGUGAACGCCCUCUGACAGUGAAAUGGAAAUGCAGUGUAGUAUGUAUAACUCUUGCUCUUUUUAACGCCUGUGCAGCCACUAUCGCCCACUUUAGGUGGAGGUAUCAUUUCCUUAUUGCAUUUCUCUCUUGUUUUUUAUUUGCCCUACCUCUCAGUAUGUUUUUUCUAAGCUGGUGACCUCCAUCUGUGGCCUUAUAUAUUUUAUUACCACAUGUGGUAUAACAAAGUCCACACUUUUUACUCUAUAAAUGAUUUUUGGUUUGGUUAGAAAAGCCAAGCUACUCAUUUAUGUUUUCAAUCCAAAGAGCACAUGUAGUUUCGUACCCAGGAAACCGUGUCAGAUACUGAUUGCACUUGCCUGCCGUGGUUCAGAUAGAGUGUUCUGCAUGUUUCGUAUUCCCUCCUGACGUACUGCCCUAGCCUGCGCUUCUAAGCCUGCUCAUGUAUGUAUUGAGUGUCUUCUUUGCCUGUAUACUUCUCUACUUAAGCAUUGCUUGUUUAUUUUCUUCCCUGUAUACUUCCAUAAAUAUCUAUGCACUAUGGAAAUCAAAUGGAAUGAAUGUUAUGUAUAUUGUUCAAAAUAAAAACUUUUUUUCACUUUAA